CUCCUCCCUCGUCGGUCCCGGCUCUCCCCGCUACCACUCGGUCAGUCCUGAUCCAUUGUCGCUCUCGGCCUCCUCCUUUCCCCUCGUCGCUCAAGUCCUUCCUCCUUCGGCUGCUCGAAAAGGCUCAUAGAAGAAGUUCAAAAUGCUACAGAAUGUACCUCACCAGAUUAUACAGUCUCCAGCCCGUCUUGGCCUGCCAAACCCUAAUUCACCGUCUCUACAAACUCCCGCUCCUCCGAAAUUCUCAUCGCAGAUCCCACAAUCGCAUCCGCCUGUUUUGCAUCCAAAUUUGUUAACCACGCCCACCUCCCUAACCCUACUACCACUCCUUCCUCCUCUAUCUAGAGCUCAGUCGAUCCUUCUAAGGAUGGCGUCCCUCACAUCAAGACUUUUUGAAGUCUCUUCUAAUCAAGCUCAGUGGCGUAGUACCUUCCGUGGUUCUUUUCCUACCUUUCUUUCUACCCAAACCGUAUCUUCACCAGAUUCAUCUCCCGCCACGUCUAAAGAAAUCAUCGCCCUCUUCACAACUCUUCAGACUCAACUCUUUGAAUCCGUCACUGAACUUCAAGAAAUUCUUGACCUUCAAGAUGCCAAGCAGAAAAUUACUCGCGAAAUCAGAUCCAAAGAUUCCGCAAUUCUGGCGUUCGCUAACAAACUUAAAGAAGCUGAACGGGUCCUUGAUAUCCUAGUUGAUGAUUAUUCAGAUUACCGCCGCUUGAAAAGAUCAAAAGUUGAAGAGAAUGAAGAGAGCUCAUCUACCACCACAGUUGCAACUCAGCUAAAUUUAUCCGAUAUUUUAUCAUAUGCACACAGAAUCAGCUACACGACCUUCGCCCCACCAGAAUUUGGCGCCGGCACAGCUCCUCUCCGAGGUGCUCUCCCACCUGCCCCUCAGGAGGAGCAAAUGCGCGCUUCUCAGUUAUAUAGUUUUGCUGACCUUGAUGUUGGGUUACCGAAGUUGGCAGAGAACGAGAAAUUCGCCGUCGAGCCCUUGGCUGAAAACCCAUCAGACCCUAAUUCACUUGCGAAUAUGGUAAUCAAAGAUAUGCUUCCUCCAAAUAUUGUGGUGCCAUCAGGAUGGAAGCCUGGGAUGCCUGUGCAGUUGCCUACAGAUUUACCAAUCCUUCCUCCAGCCGGAUGGAAGCCUGGCGACCCAGUGGCUUUGCCACCAUUGGACUCGCUUGGUGGACCUCCAAGGACCGAGGACCAACAGACUCAACCCAUCCAUGUUCCUGGAUUUGCAAAGGGGCCGCAACCUAUACAGGUUCGGCAUGUCCAACUUGAUAUUGAUGAUGAUAGUAGUAGUGAAUACAGCAGUGAAGAUGAUAGUUCUGAUGAAGAUUGACAAAAAAAAGCUUCAAACAGUGUGAUAUUCAUAUUCACAAGAAAACUGUGUGUAAUGGAUCAAGGAACCUCUUAGUUUAGCUUAUGACCUCUUGCUUUUAACUUUGAUUGUCUUAAAAGUUACAGUUCAUUGGCAGUUAUGUUGUUGAUGUACAUAGUAGGAAAUCAUUUGAUGCC